CUUGGCUUUACUGCUCACGUUCAACCGUUGUUAAUUGCUAUCUUAUUUUUCCUUUCUUGAAUCCUGCUCAGUGUUUGGAUAGAGAUACAUUACUUAUGACAAUGCUUUUUGCGACUCAGAACCUCCUGACAAGUUGAAGUUCUUUGGACAACAUCAGUGCAACUCCCUGUGUGUGCGAAGCAUUUUCUUCUUCACGACCAUAGUAAAACAGCAACUCUUCUGAAGGCAAUCCUUGGUGUCCAGCUUCGAUCCAUUGGAUUUAACUUAUUACGAGAACCGUCAAAUUGUCUCAAGCAGAAAACCAAUUAUCAAAUUUAAAUGACAGAAAAACGCUCCUCACGGAUACGAAAAGUUCACAAUUACGCUCUAUUAGGUGACAGUGAUACAGAGUUCUUUGAUGAUGAUGAUGAUGAACCCGUUAAAUUCAAGAAGACUGGUGAUAACGAGGUCAAGUCGAUAAGUAGACCUUCAAAGACUAAGAAGAUAACGAAAGAUACGUCCGUGAAGCAAUAUGAAACAAUUCAAACACAAAAGGAAAAGCCAUCUAACAUAAUCAACAAAGGAAAACUGACCAGUUCUAAUCUUUCGGCUUCCCACUGUGAAACUUCAGAAUCUAUAACAAUUUCUAGCCACAAAGCUUUGUCAAAAUCCUCUCCUUCUACCAUUGUUUAUUCCAACUCAGUCAAUAAUGUAACUACACCACCUUCAAAUAAAGCCUUUUUUCCUGUCACGCCGUCUAGUGGCCUUCGUCUUGGUUUAUCGCGUACAAAACGGUUAAGACCUUUACAUGCAAAUGUGCGUAUAGCAUAAUUUAUGAUAUUUCUUAGACGUUGUACAAAGGAAUUUUUAAAACCUAAUUUUGUUUUACUGUGCAAUUCUCUUAUAAUAACUACUGCUUUAUGGAUUCUGAUAACUGAAUGUUCAGUUCUCUAACUGUCAACAUCAGUUGUUUUUAAUUCGUUCGUAUCUGUCUUUUUACUCAGAAUUUGACGUUUAUCGCACUAUAUAUUUUAAAUCAAUCUUUCAUAUUAUUUGAGAAUAUUUAUUAAAUCAUAGAAGAAAACCAAAUCGCGAUUGCAUUUUAACUAGCUUUCAUGUUACAGCCCCGGUGUUUUGUCAUCUUAGAUACGGCACUUGCAUGGUAACUGGAUCUUUUUGUCAAUAAUAAUAAUGUUACUGAAAUUAAAAAUAACUCGAACCUUUACCAGUCUGGUACGAGCUUCCUCGGCGAAAUGAUCAAAAGUAACAGAUAUGAAUCGGAUUCAC